AGGUGAGCUCUCUCUUUUUGGAGUCUUAUUAUAUAUGGGUGUUGGAUGAGCACCCACCCAGUUGGAGUUUUUGGGCUUAUGAUUAUUAUUGUUGCGAUCUCCACAAUCAAAUUAAAACCCAUUGAUUCGACCACAUACGCAUGUACCCUGUUCUCCCGUUUUCUUUCUCCUGUCGUUUUUGAGAAGAUUGGUAGAAAAUCCCGUCUCCUGUUCUCUCCUGUUCUAAAAGCCCAAAAACUUGGGCUCUUUUAAAGAACAAAAGAAAAAAAUUUGGGGUUCAAUGUCUCCGAAACGCAUGAACUUGGUAAUGUUCAUGCGCUCGUCCCCGCUGUCGAACUCUUUUGUAGAACUGUUUCUUCCUUCUACUUAUAGCCUUCUAUAAAUAACUCUUCUUCUUCUUCUUCUUCUUCCGAAUCAUCUCAAGGGCCCAUUAAUCUCUCCUAAAAGCACAAACUUGGUAGUUGAUGAUGAUGAUGAUCAUCAUAGGGUAAUAAAAUACCCAAAAUUAGCAGUUCCUUUAAUUAGCAGUUCGAUCCCCGAUCGAAUCUCCGCCGCUGCGGCGGCGGCGUCGGCGGCGUUAUGGUUCAGGACGAUGGGUCGUCGUCGUCCUCGGCGACGUCGUCCUCGCCGCUCCAGAGCUUCUCCCAGAUGACGCUGUCGCCCACGGCCGCCGGGGCCGGGGCCGGGGCGUGGGUCGGGGAGCUGCGGUCGGAGGAGCGGGGGCUGUACCUGAUCCACCUGCUGCUGAACUGCGCCCACGAGGUGGCGGCGGGCGCCCUGGAGCGCGCGUCGGCGCUCCUCGACCACGUCUCCGCCCUCGCCCACCCCUCCGGCGACCCCAUGCAGCGCCUCGCCACCUCCUUCGCCGACGCCCUCGCCCGCCGCGCCCUCCUCCGCUCCUUCCCGGGCCUCCUCCGCUCCCUCUCCCCCUCCGCCCCCCCUCCCCCCGCAUCGUCGUCGUCGUCGUCGUCCUCGUGGCCGUCAUCGACCCCGGCGCUCCGCCACUUCUUCAGGCUCUGCCCCUUCCUCCCCCUCGCCGCCGCCCUCUCCAACCACGCCGUGGCGGCGGCCAUGGAGUCGGAGCGCGUGGUCCACGUCGUCGACCUCCGCGCCCCCUCCGACCCCGCCCCCGCCGGCGACCUCCCCCUCCUGGCGUCCCGGCCCGGCGGGCCCCCGCACCUCCGGCUGACCGCCAUCCACCCCGACCCCGACGCCCUCGCCCUCCUCGCCUCGUCCCUCUCCAAGGAGGCCGAGCUCCUGGACGUCCCCUUCCAAUUCCACCCCCUCCUCUGCCCCGACCUCCGGCGCCUCGACCUGGAGUCCCUCAAGAUCAAAUCCGGCGAGGCCCUGGCCGUGACCUCGACCCUGGCCCUCCACUCCCUCCUCUCCUCCUCCGAGUCCCUCUCCUCCUUCCUCUACUCCCUCCAGCGCCUCCGCCCCAAGGUCCUCGUCCUCGCCGAGCAGGAGGCCGACCACAACGGCCCCACCCUCGUGGCGCGCUUCGUCGAGUCGCUCAACUUCUACGCCGCGCUCUUCGACUGCCUGGAGUCGGCCGCCCCCCGCCACUCCCCCGAGCGCGCCGCCGUGGAGCGCCUGCUGCUGGGCGAGGAGAUCCGCAACAUCAUCGUCUGCGACGGCCCCGACCGCACGGAGCGCCACGAGAAGUUCGACCGCUGGGCCCGCCGCCUCCACGCCGCCGGCUUCUCCCCCCUCGCCCCCUCCUUCCCCGCCCGCCGCCUCCUCCACGACUUCCGCUGCCACGGCUGCAAGCUGCGCCACGACGACGCCUGCCUCUUCAUCUGCUGGCAGGACCGCCCCCUCUUCUCCGUCUCCGCCUGGACUUGCCGCCGCUUAAUCGAUUGACUACUUGACUACUACUCAAUCACUACUCAUCUCCUCUCUAUCUAUCUAUCUAUCUUUCUAUCUAUCUUCUUCUUCCAAACAAGAAAGAUUAGAGAUAGGUAGUAGUAGGUCCUGCAUGUGUAGUUCUUCUUUUAAUAUAUUUUUUAACCUUAACUUACUUAGGCUAGCUAGCUUUUAUUAAUUUGCUGGUCUCUGUUCUUUUUUCUUUUUUUCUUUGUUUCUUUUUUCUUUUUUUUUUGGCUAGGCAAUGCUGUGUAUAUAUCCUCUUGCUCCACCUCUACUAAUGCAGCGAUGCAAUGUGCUCUUGCAAAAAGAGACCUCUCUCUGUAUGUGUGUGUGGUUUUAACCCUUGUUAAUAUGUUAGCCA